AUGGCGCAGUCUCUGGCUGUGAAACGCCUGCAGAAGGAGUUCCUCGACCUUUCUCGACACCCUCCCGAGCUGUGCUCCGCGGGGCCCCUGGAGGAAGACAUGUUCACAUGGCAGGGGGUGGUCAUAGGGCCCCAGGGCAGCCCCUACGAGGGCGGGAUCUUCAGCUUAGAAAUUGUGUUUCCAGCUACUUACCCCCUGAAUCCACCGCAGGUCCAGUUCAGCACCCCCAUUUACCACCCAAACGUAAAUGAAAGUGGGUGCAUUGGGCUGGACCUGCUGACCUCCAAGUGGGUGCCCACGUGCACCGUCUCCCAGGUGCUGCUGGCCAUCUGCGCCAUGCUGGUGGACCCCAGCCCACAUGACUUCCUGGAUCCAGAAAUUGCGAACGUGUUCCUGAAGGACAGGCCCAGGUUCGACAUCCAGGCCCGCAAGUGGACCGAGGAGUACGCCAUGUAA